CGCGCAAGAAGGCGUUUGCCCGUGGCCUUGUCCGAGAAGAUGGACCCGCUGAAGUUUCGGAUGGACUUCUUCUGUAAGCCAAGCACACGAACGAGACGGAAAAAUCCCUCCUCACAUCACCUACCUCUUCGGUGGUUUGUGUGCGUUGUGCAGCCCCCAAGGACAGUGAUUCUUCACCAUUGAACAGUUCAAACAGGCCGUGUAGGGCAGACACAAAGGAACGAACACACAGAGCACCGAGAGAACAGGGCUUAUUUGGAUGUGUUGUGUGUGUGUUUGUUGCGUGUGUGUUCAUGCUCUGACAGGAACGCCAAUAUCGUGCCUCACGGCUCCCACUUGGCUGUCAAGAUCAACGGGGGCCCGCUGGGAGUGCUCAAUGCCUACCACCACGGCCUCGUAGACAUCAACGAGAGAGAAGUCAUCCACUUCGCGUGCGUGAGCACAGACGAACGAGGAAGGAUGACCAUCCAUCCACAAUUUUCGCUCACCGUUCUGCUGCCAGUGGUGACGGCCGGCAGUCGAAGCGGGUCGCUCGCAUCUGUGUGUGGACGCUGGACAAGUUCCUCACCUCCUACGACACGCAGGGGCUGUACGUCAUCCGCUACACGCCCCAGAAAUUCACCGGAGAGGAAGUGGUCACGCGGGCCCGCUCUCAAGUCGGCGGCGGGAGGUACAACGUGGUCAUGAACAAGUGCGAGCACUUCUGUACAUGGUAUGGUCAGCGAACGAUUGAGCGGAGGGGAAAGAGGCAAGUGAGGAUGCUGCCAUUAUCUGACUGUCUCUCUGUGUGUGUGUGUGUGUUGUGUGCAGGUGCCACACAGACGUGCAGGGGUCGUGUCAGAUCGAUGCUGCCCUCGUUGGCUUGUUUGCCUCCCACUUGGUGGGCGCCUUGCCCUACGUUAAGGUCCUACCUGCACCAGCGAGGCACGCUGUGGGCAUGGCCGCAGGUGCGAAUCGACAACCAGGGGACAUCCAUCAAUCAGCCAACACAGUACAGCUGGCCAUGAAUUGAAUGAAUGGCAUUGAUUGUGUGUUCAUUUCAUUCAGUUGCGGGGAUGCGAGCAAUGGCCAAGAAGGUGUACAAGAGGGACGUGGUGGACCCCAAGACCACCGACAGAGACAGAGGGGCCGUCGAGGGUGGGGGGCCAGAGGAGACCAUGAUACUCGAGGUAGAAGGGCCGACUGAGGAUGAGGCAUCAUCAGCACCACCAUCAUCAGCGGGGGCUGACGAGGGCCCCAAGCGAGAUGGGGAUGGUCGGAUAAUCAUCACGGAGAGGGAGCUCGUGAGGGGGCUGGAGGGCGAGGUUGUGAUAGGCAGGAAAAACAAGGGCUUCUUGGCCAAGGCGCUGGGCAGGGGAAACUAACUGAUGACUGAUGGAUGGAUGUCAUGGGUCGAUCGGUGGAUGGAUACGUACGGGGAUGCGACUGACUUGCACCGCACCGACGGCUAUGUACAGUGAGUGGCUGGCAAUGGAUUGCUUGUCUAUGAAGUGGUCCAGACAUAGUGUCUCACAGACAUCGCUUUCACAUCUAGAGAGACGGGUCAACCAACCGGCACAAAGGAAAUGCACCAGAGUCCUCGACUCAUGGCGAAAGGCAGCUGAAUCGCCUCAGAACCCUCAGAACGUCUAAAGAGCC